GCUGACCCACCCAGUCCAUGCUGUUACUUGCUCCAAGCCCAUUCCUCUACCAUGCGUGUGAAACAGCUCAAAUCAGCAGAUCCACAUGGACCUUGAGGUGACAGGCUGGCUCUGGAUUCCUCUUCGAAUGAGUCAGAAUGUGGAGGAAAGAGUCCCAGGCAGUCAUUCCUUCAGCUUCACUGAACAAGUUGAAAUCAUCGCAGAAGGAUAAAGUUCGUCAGUUUAUGAUCUUCACACAAUCUAGCGAGAAAACUGCAGUGAGUUGUCUUUCUCAAAAUGACUGGAAGUUAGAUGUUGCAACAGAUAACUUUUUUCAAAAUCCAGAACUUUAUAUCCGGGAGAGUGUAAAAGGAUCCUUGGACAGGAAGAAGUUAGAACAACUGUACAAUAGAUACAAAGAUCCUCAAGAUGAAAAUAAAAUUGGAAUAGAUGGUAUACAGCAGUUCUGUGAUGAUCUGGCCCUCGAUCCAGCCAGCAUUAGUGUGUUGAUCAUUGCAUGGAAGUUCAGGGCAGCCACACAGUGCGAGUUCUCCAAACAGGAGUUCAUGGAUGGUAUGACAGAAUUAGGAUGUGACAGCAUAGAAAAACUAAAGGCCCAAAUACCCAAGAUGGAACAAGAAUUGAAAGAACAAGGACGAUUUAAGGAUUUUUACCAGUUUACUUUUAAUUUUGCAAAGAAUCCAGGACAAAAAGGAUUAGAUCUAGAAAUGGCCAUUGCUUACUGGAACUUAGUGCUUAAUGGAAGAUUUAAAUUCUUAGACUUAUGGAAUAAAUUUUUGUUGGAGCAUCAUAAACGAUCAAUACCAAAAGAUACGUGGAAUCUUCUGUUAGACUUCAGCUCAAUGAUUGCAGAUGACAUGUCCAAUUAUGAUGAAGAAGGAGCAUGGCCUGUUCUUAUUGAUGACUUUGUGGAAUUUGCACGCCCUCAAAUUGCUGGGACAAAAAGUACAACAGUGUAGCACUAAAGGAACCUUCUAGAAUGUACAUAGUCUGUACAAUAAAUACAACGGAAAAAUGCACAGUCAAUUUCUGCUGGCUGGACCGAACUGAAGAUCAAUCCUCACGAUUCGAACUGAGGGUUGAGACAAACUCUAAGGAUACAUCUUGGACCAUAUCGUACUCCAUCUUCUACUGGUGGUUUGGGCUUGUCUUCUAGUCUGGGCCACUCUAAACAUUUAUAAUUCCAACAUUGUGGAUUUCAUCUUA